AAAAUGGUUGUAAAGGUCAUGACGUAAUCCGUGACGUUGUGUUGCGCGCAUCCCACACAUCCCAUGCGCAUCCUGAUGAAAGAAAAGACCAAAAUAACGUUUAGGGGGGGCCAACUUGAGCGAGUGCGAGAGUGAAAUGUCUGGGAAGUCUAAUUUCACAAUUGACGAUGCCUUUGACCCAGACGACGACGACAUUGUCCGCACGUACGGUUCUACAACGGAGAGCACGCCGCUGAAACCACGGCAAGACAUGACGGCUACCGACAGCGUCGCCGUUCGGGUCGAGGAACCCAGGGACCGAAACAAUCGGAGCAGCUGCAGCAAACCUCUCAGACUGAAGCUUCCUGAGGACAACUUGUCAAAGGAUAGCGACUCCUUGAUCCAGUGUGACCCGAACUUCCAGAAAUACGACGCCAGAGAUGGGUGGUGGACGCACCCCAAAGUGCGCGAAAACUGGAAAGUGAUGUUGGCAGCUUUUGGCCUGUUACUCACUGGCCUAGGCCUCAUUGCUACUGGGAUAGUCGUGCAGAUAUUGCCAAGAGUUGGUGUCCAAGGUCUGGUCUUCUUUAUUGCUGGUGCCAUCUGUUUCAUUCCUGGAGCAUACCAUGUGGUGUAUGUGUAUUGUGCUGUGAAGGGGUGCCGUGGCUAUGACUUCUACAAUCUACCCUUGUUUAACUAGAUUUUGACUGUGGGUGAUCUGUGUUGACCAAAGUGGACCAGACUGAUUUUAUGCCAUAGAACACAGUCCACUGUCUUCCCCGCAUUAUUGUCUCUCAUCAUUUUUGGAGGCUUUUGUGCGGAGAUCACUGGCAGUGAAAUGCCGAAGAAAUUUAAGCCAAAGGAACUGUUACGUGUGUGCAUACGUUGUGCUGUGGGUAUUUAUUAUAGGCUGCCUAAGAGUAUCCUUGACUUCGUGUCUGUGAAGUCCAAUAAGCCCCCUGCAAGACUUGGUAUCUGCUAGGGGAGGGAAAUUAGUUGCUCAUGGAGGUCAAGAUGCUAAUCUUUAUGGAAAGCAGAAGAGAAUUGGUAUCUGUGAUUUUUUUCUCCCAGGUUCCAUAGCAUGCUGCACCCUUCAAAGCAUGUUUGCCGUUUGUAGCGUGUUGUGACAUUGAACUAUGACAUUUCUCUAUGCUUGCUGAGGCCUUAUUCCAGCGGGCAGUGUUCGUGCACAUUCAGUUCAACUGUGCCAGCAGAGUGUGAGAGCCAAGUGGCCAUUAUGAUGAAUGGUUUGAGCGUUGCUCUCUGUAAGUUCGUGCACAAAAUGGCACUGAGGGUCUAUAAUGCCAAUUCAUAACAUUCUGAAGUUAUUUUGUGGCAGCUCGACUGGGGAUUUGAAGAACUCGUGCUUAAGUGUGUGCUGUCUUGCCUUUUCAAGCUAAAACACAUUGCAGCUAUGACUGCCACCAGUGACGCAGGCUUACAAUGUGGUGCAACUCUCAGAUAAAUGCUCUGCUUGAUGUCCCACAGCUUAUGUUUGCUGUCGACGUAUGGUAGUGAACUGUUGUGUUGCGAUACUUGUAUCCAUUAAUUCAAUUACCACUGACACAAGAUAGAUGUGAUUGUCACAGUGUGUCUAAUGGUCCACGCUGACCCCAGGUCAAAAUACUCUUUGGCUGUGUGGCUAAGUUAAUAUCUUGUGAGACCUCAUUACUAGGAAUUCGAGUGUGGCAACUAUUUUGCUUUGCCAUCAGCAUUACUUUCUGAUUCUGCCAUUCAUAUUACAGGCAGUAGAGCAUUCAGCAGUUAGUAUUGCAUUUCGUUAUCCACAUUCAUUGAUUAUAUAGCAUGUCAUUGUAGCAAUGAUUUACUGUACAAGUAACUUUUUCCCCUUGGUAUUUUAAGUGGAAUUGUGACCCACACCGAAUGUUCAUAAGAACUGUGUGAGCUGCCUCUGAGUGCAGCUGGUAUGAAAGGCUUCCACUGAAUGUUGCAUAUUGCCAGGUAUACAUGGCCCUUUUAGCUGAACUGCUGGCUUGUUAGUGCUAAAAUUCUAGAUAAAGCUGGUAUUUCUUGGUGGCUAUUUUGUUAUGCUGCAUUUGGGUGAAUUGCUCAGCUGGUUCAUCCAAAAUAAAUCGUAAGUAUGUGUCAUCUGCAGUUACAGAAAAAAGAAUUUGUAGUAAUGGUGUUGCUAUCUCCCACUUUGAUGGUGAAACAAGGUAUGCAUAGUGCCACUGCUCUGUUCCUUGCAAAUUCUAAAUUUGCUGGGUAGCAUUCUGAAAGACUAUGCACAUUUGUGAUUUAUCGGUACAAAACGGCCAAGUAAUGCACCCAAAUGUGGUAUUAAAAUUUGUUUGCUGCAGAAUGUCACCCCUGGGCAAAAUUUGAGCACAAAUGAGUGAGCGGUUCAACAGAAGACUUGUGUGUACCUGGCGUUUCUUUUUAUGCAACAUUUUGUACACGUGCGUCGUGUGGUGUGGUUUGCAACAUUACAGUCACACGUGAUGGUGUGAGGCAAGUUAUUUCUAGCUGAGGUAUUCUGAUUGUGUGCCAACAUUUACGUUCUUAAUGUUCCUAGGAUUGUGUAUUUAAGUUUACAUUUACUAAAUAGGUAGUGUUGCUAUUUAUAUACCCUUUCUUUUGUGAGCAGUUGCAUGCUUUAAUGGUGAAUAGUAGUUGCACCAGAGUGUAUGUACUCUUGUCAAUGCCAUUGUCCAUGCAACUGAAUCCAUCUAGUCCAUCACAGUUGCAGCCUAUGUUUCGAAGUAACUAGGCCUUGUGUUGUAUACUCCUAUUUUAAAUACUGCGGAUGUUUUGGAAACAGGCUGUACUGCUGAUAAACAACUGUAUAGCACUUCCAGAGUUGUUCAACAUUGCAGGGGCAAUUUUGCAGCUUUUACAGUAAAGGCUCUCAAAUUGAGAGAAAAAAAAAGUAGGCAGUAUGCACAGAGCCAUUUUAGAGUUUAGUGGGACUUCUGUGGGCAUGUACAUUGUCAGCCAUAUAAACAUUUGGUCCACAAUCCUAAUGACCAUGUUUUUAUUUUUUCGGGCCUCUAAAAAAAAAAAAAAAAAAGAAGUUCAAAAUAUUUAUGCGUAGGCUCAGGCAUUCUAAAUUGUGUCAUCUACAAAUUUGCACUUUUAAUGUUUUAUUACUGCUCAACGUUUUGUCAUUGAAGUGUGCUAUGUUUCACGCUAUAUGCCAAUGUAGUCUAUGGCAAUGUUUUCUCUGAUGUCAGGAUUUUCCAACAAACCUCUCAUAGACUGCAUAUUUUUCUGCAUAUUUUGUGUGCUGUAAUGGUGAAGUGUUUCUCACAUUUUUCACCUGUAAAUGGAAAGCACGAUUCCUUUUCUGGGUUGUUGGUUAAGGCAUUUUAUGGAACAGCCUUUCAAAACCUCAUGCCCUCUUUGAACCCUUCAAACAUGUGAACUUGGGGACUUCACUGUGGCCAAAUACCAUGCAGAAUGUGGUGCAUUCCAGCCAUAUUAUUUUAAUAAAAAUGCUCACUGUUGAUCAAA